GCAUGGAGGGGAGUAGGGCACAUGGCGUAGGGGUGGAGGGGUCGAUGAGAGUGAGGGGAGGAAGGGCGUUUGAAGGAGAGCACAGGCAAUAUUAACCGGGUCUCCCAGAGCUUCGGUACCACUGAUCGGUCGGACGCCACUACAUCCACACCCAGAUCCACCAUGACUACCUACUUUAGCUACCCCGAUGAGGCCCUCCAGAAGGAGCUGAGGAGGAUUGCUGAUGCCAUCACUGCCCCUGGCAAGGGCAUCUUGGCUGCUGAUGAGUCCGUGUCUACCAUGGGCAAGCGCCUUGCAGAUAUCAAGGUGGAGAACACUGAUGAAAACCGCCGCAAGUACCGCCAGCUUCUCUUCACUACUGACCCCUCUCUCUCUCAGUACAUCUCUGGUGUGAUCCUUUUCCACGAAACUGUUUACCAGAAGGCUGAUGAUGGUACUCCAUUUAUCCAGCUCAUCAAGGAGAAGGGAAUCAUUCCUGGUAUCAAGGUUGACAAGGGUGUUGUCCCAUUGAUGGGCUCCGAGGGUGAAACCACCACCCAGGGUCUUGAUGACCUGUCGCAGCGCUGUGCCCAGUACAAGAAGGACGGCUGUGACUUCGCCAAGUGGCGCUGUGUCCUCAAAAUUGGCAAGAACACUCCCAGCCACCAGUCCAUGCUUGAAAACGCCAAUGUCCUUGCCCGUUAUGCUUCCAUCUGCCAGAUGAAUGGCCUUGUCCCAAUUGUUGAGCCUGAGGUUCUCCCUGAUGGUGAUCACGAUCUUGACCGUGCUCAGAAGGUCACUGAAACUGUUUUGGCCUUCGUGUACAAGGCAUUGAAUGACCACCAUGUGUUCUUGGAGGGUACCCUGCUGAAACCCAACAUGGUCACUGCCGGUCAGUCUUGCUCGAAGAAGUACACCCCAGAAGAAGUAGCCAAGGCCACUGUUGUCGCCCUUUCCCGCACAAUGCCAGCAGCUGUUCCCGGCGUCACUUUCCUGUCUGGUGGUCAGUCUGAAGAAGAGGCAUCUGUUCAUCUUGAUGCCAUCAACAAGUGCACUGAAGCUAAGAAGCCUUGGGCUCUUACCUUCAGCUAUGGACGUGCUCUUCAGGCUUCAGUACUCAGGGCAUGGGGAGGUUCCGAUGACAGGGUCAAGAAUGGUCAGGAGGAACUCAUGAAGCGUGCCAGGGCUAACAGUGAAGCUGCUGUGGGCAAGUAUGAACGUGGAUCAUGCCAAGGAUAUGCUGGAGAUACUGGUCUCUUCAUCAAGGACCAUGCCUAUUAAGUACCUUAUUCCCCUCCGAAGGUCAGAGGCUUGAUUACAUAUUAAGGUUAUGUCUAGGAAGGAGGCUAGAGGAGAACAAGGACCACUAUACAUCCUGCAUCCUUUUCCAUCGGCGUAGAAUGUAUCGGAGUAAUAAUAAGUCCUUAGCACCAAUCUAAGAACAUAGCUAGAAAGGCGCCCUCUUAGAUUUAUAUCCAAUAUAUUGAGAGGGUGCCAGUCAUCAGUCACCGCAACAUUCUGACAAGUUGAACAAUAUGCCGUAAUCACUGUUGUGUUGUGACUGAUGCAGUACCUGUAAAUUCAGUCUAUUUUAAGAGUUACUGUUUUUGUUGGAGUAUAAAGAAAGCAAAUUCCAAGUAUAGUAAAUUUAUAUUUCUUUUUUUUUCAUAUAAAGUCUAUCUUUAAAGUGCAUUUUUCUGCAUUUGAGGAUUUUGGUUUAUAGCUUUACCUGAGAAAAAUGAAAUCCUCACUCGUUUCCCCUCUUGUCUUUGGUAAGUCUUCAAUACAUUUUUGUAACAGUAUUUUCAGAACGGUAUUGUGUAAGAAGCUCGUUACCAAGUUAGACUGCAUUUCCCUGUAUUGGAACUUUUUCUCUUGUAAAGAAUACAGUGUUUAAUUUAUUUUUAGUAGGAACUUGCAAGGUUAACGUGAAUCAAAGCAAUGUUUACACUGCACAUGAUACUGACCCUUAAAAUCACAUGCUGCUAAAAUAGACUUUGUCGUUUGCAAUGGGGCAGAUUGUGAAGCAGGUCAAAGACAGGCAGUCAAUAGAAAUGCUGCUGUUCUAGCCAAGACAGCAGAGAGAAAAGAUCAUUAUUGUAAAAGACAAGGAAUGUACAUUUGUAUAUUGGUAUAGUGUAAAUGUGAAAAUGUGAGGGUGAGAAUCGCUGGUUUAUCGAUUACGUUCAAUUCCCACUCCCUUCCCUUUACAGAUCAAAGCUAUGCGAGGCACAAAAAUUUUGGUUCUUGAAUUUUUAAUAUUCGCAUAUUAAUCGGGAAGACUUCUUGACCAUUUUAGGUUCAUUUUGUCUUGUAAUCCCAUCACUUCAUGGUAUAUUAUAUAUAUAUUUAGAAUCUUAAUUUUUGAAAUACCUUGCACAGCCAUUUGCUACCAACUUAUUUUUAAUUGUGAGGAUGUCAGCACUAAGAACUGUAAAAUGCUAUAUCAUAAAUAAAUAAUUUUUAUUUA